AUGACUCAGCAUUUAGCGGCAGCAAGCUUAUGUACACAUAGCAGGUCGGCGCUACUUACUGGUAGAUACCCUAUUCGCACAGGAAUGGCUGCACCGAUCAUGAUGAGAGUAAUAGCAUGGGCGUCCUCGAGCUAUGGACUUCCGUCACCGGAAAUUACUUUUGCUGAACAAACUAAGAAAGCUGGGUACAUAAAUGGACUGUUCGGUAAAUGGCAUCUAGGUAUUCACAAGCAAAAGCUUGGUGACUUUGAACAUCAUCCGUUAAACCAAGGCUUUGAUUACUUUUAUGGACCUAUUCACUCUAACAUGGGCGAUUGUGGAGGCGAAAGUAGAAUAAUAACAGGACAGAUACCUGGCUGGUAUGUGAAAUUGUUUUCAAUAUGGGCUGUACAUACACACACAUUUUUGACGACAUCGAAACAAUUUGAGGGACGGAGCAAGUUUGGUCGAUAUGGAGAAGCUUUGGAAGAGCUUGACUGGUCAGUCGGACAAAUUCUAAAAUCAGUUAAAGAAUUUGGAAUAGAUGACAAUACGCUUGUUCACUUUACCUCGGAUCAUGGAGGUCACCUGGAGGAAGGUACUGACGGAGGUUUUAACGGAAUACUAAAAGGCGGAAAAUCUCAUGGUGCCUCAGAUGGCGGGAUUCGUGUUCCAGGACUGAUAAAAUGGCCACGUGUUAUAGAGAAAGGAAAAGUCACAGAUGAACCUACAUCACUGAUGGAUAUCUAUAAUUUGGUAUCGUCGGUUGCCGGGAUCAGUUUACCUGCAGACAGACAUAUUGAUGGUAGAGAUAUUUUACCUUUGCUCAAAAGAGACGUUUUGGUAUCCCCGCAAGAUUUCUUAUAUCACUAUUGUGGUAACAUAUUACAUGCGGCAAGAUAUCGGCCACGUGACGGAAUAAAGACGUGGAAAUUGGUGACCCGUGAACCUGACUACAUUCCUGGAACAACCGUGUGCCAAUUUGGAUGCAGCUGUAACACUGACGUCUUGGCAACGCCAAAACUUUACGAUAUUACCGUUGACCAGGGAGAAACUACCCCAAUAGACAGCCAUUCUGAAAAUUACAAAGAAAUAACGCCAAUUAUUCUAAAAGCGAUCGGAAUCCAUAAAAAUUCUAUUGAGCCAGCAGAGACUGGGUUUACAUUAAGAAAAUUGGCGCCAAACUUAUCAUGGCAGCCAUGUUGUAAUGGAACAUUUGCUUUUAAUUGCUAUUGUACUGAUCCAAAAUAUCCGGAAUGAAAAUGUUACUUUUAAUUCUUUAUAUUAUAGUACAUGACUAUUACUCCAGAUAUAUCAUAUCCAAAUUUCAUAUUUGAAAACAAAAGCAGUUACUACACAGUAUCUAUGUAAACAUAAAUCAUAUAUGUUUGUUUGUAUCGACAGUACUGUGUUUUAGUUUUAAAUAACUUCACACUUAACGUAUCAAAAUUUCACCAAAAUCAAACUAUGCCGUUGAUAUUUUUUACUAAUUUACCACUUCAUUUCAUUUGGAAAAUAAAACAUUAAAAUGUCUCAAAUUUACAAACUGUAAAAAACGUUAUAGGACAAAAUAUAGGGUUCUUAUUUCGCCCUAUCGAAAUAGAGCAUUUAAGGACGUAUACUAGAAUUUGGUGCGAAAAUUUUCCCAAUAACAGAAUUUCUUCAAACUUUGGAUAUUGAAGGACAAUCAUCUAUGAAACAAAAAAAUGCAAUAAAAAUCAUAGGUCACCGGCAUCGAAAAAAAGUUAUCUGCCCUUGAAAACCGCAUUUCCCCCAAAAAUGGCGUUUUCAAGGGCAGAUAACUCUUUUUCGAUACCGGUGACCUAUGAUUUUUAUUGCAUAUUUUUGUUUCUUAGAUGAUUGUCCUUCAAUAUCCAAAGUUUAAAGAAAUUCUGUUAUUGGGAAAAUUUUCGCCCAU